AUGGCACGGAGGAUUGGGCUUGUCAGAUCUGUUUCAUUCUACUCUAUUAGUGAGGUUAAUGGAGUGGAGAAGAUAGUGGAAGAUCGGCUAUUUUCCCUCAUGUGUGUUGACGCUUUGGAUGGCAAUAGAUUAGUUGUGGUUUAUGCACUUGACGAAGAUGAAGAACGAUGUUUUGCUAGAAAUGAUUCAUUCACGCAUGGUGACCCUGAUGAUAGUGAUGAUGAAGAUGACGUCCAUGGAGUUUUGGGAGAGUGUGAGUGCAAAUCUUCAGAAUCUGAAUGUUAUUGUGAGAUUCCUAACCCACAGCAAUUGAUUAGGGCCUUAGCCUAUGCAUGGGUUUGCAAGGAAGCCAAGAAUUUAUUUCUUGUGUACUUCAAAUCCUCUUUAAUAAUGGGUUCAAAGUUGUAA